AUGGCAGAUGAGGGGGAAGACCCCGUCUUUGGGGAAGAAAAUGAAGAAAUUGGAGGAGGUGCAGAAGGUGGACAGGAUAAAAGAAAGAGUCUUUUUUCUAAAGAAUUGAGAUGUAUGAUGUAUGGCUUUGGAGAUGACCAGAAUCCUUAUACUGAAUCAGUAGAUAUCCUUGAAGGCCUUGUCGUAGAGUUCAUCACUGAAAUGACUCACAGGGCAAUGGCAAUUGGAAGACAAGAUAGAGUAUAAGUUAAAGAUAUCUUCUUGAUUUGAAAGGACCCAAGGAAGUUUGCUAGAGUUAAAGACUUGCUUACUAUGAAUGAAGAAUUGAAACAAGCUAGAAGAGCAUUUGAUGAAGCAAACUACGGAUCUUGA